UGCAGCCGGAGGCGCUGGCAGCCGGAGCGGCCCCGCCAUGAGCCCGCUGGCGCAGGCGGCCGCCGCCGGGCGCGGGCCGUGGAGCCGCGGGGGCGCAGCGCGGCGGGCGGCGUGGCUGGCGGCGGCGGCGUGCGGGCUGCGGCUGCUGUACCCCGCGCUGCGCCGGCGCCUGGGCGAGGCGGGCGGCGGGGGCGCCCCGCGGACGGGGCCGGGGACGGGGCCGGGGGCGGCGCCGGCGGCCAACUUGGAGUUCGUGCGGCAGCUGCUGGCGCUGCGGCGGCUGCUGUUCCCGCGCGGGGCCGGGCGCGAGGCGGGCUGGCUGGGCCUGCACUCGGCCGCGCUGGUGUCGCGCACCUUCCUCUCCAUCUACGUGGCGCGGCUGGACGGCAAGAUCGUCAAGAGCAUCGUGGAGAAGCAGCCGCGCCGCUUCGCGCUGCAGCUCCUGCGCUGGCUGCUCAUCGCCGUGCCCGCCACCUUCGUCAACAGCGCCAUCCGCUACUUGGAGGGCAAGCUGGCCCUGGCGCUCCGCACGCGCCUGGUGGAGCGCGCCUACGAGACCUACUUCGCGCACCAGACCUACUACCGCGUGAGCGGCAUGGACGGCCGCCUGCCCACGCCCGACCAGUCGCUCACCGAGGACAUCAUGCUGUUCGCGCAGUCCGUGGCGCACCUCUACUCAAACCUCACCAAGCCCAUCCUGGACGUGCUGCUCACCUCCUACGCGCUCAUCUGCACGGCGCGCGAGCGGGGCGCCAGCCCGGUGGGCCCCACGCUGCUGGCCGGCCUCGUGGUGUACGCCACGGCAAGGGUGCUCAAAGCCUGCUCGCCCCGCUUCGGCAGGCUGGUGGCCGAGGAGGCGCAGCGCAAGGGCUACCUGCGCUACGUCCACGCCCGCAUCCUGGCCAACGUGGAGGAGAUCGCCUUCUACCGCGGCCACAAGGUAGAAAUGAAACAACUACAGAAAAGUUACAAGGCUUUGGCAGACCAAAUGAACCUCAUAUUGUCCAAACGUUUAUGGUACAUCAUGAUAGAGCAAUUCCUGAUGAAGUAUGUCUGGAGCAGCUGUGGCUUGAUUAUGGUGGCUGUGCCUAUCAUCACUGCGACUGGAUUUGCAGAUGGAGAGUCAGAAGAUGGCCAGAAACAAGCAAUGGUUAGUGAGCGAACAGAAACUUUUACUACUUCACGAAAUCUGUUGGUCUCAGGAGCAGAUGCUAUUGAAAGGAUCAUGUCUUCUUAUAAAGAGGUCACUGAGCUAGCAGGCUACACAGCGCGAGUGUACAACAUGUUUUCAGUCUUUGACGAAGUGAAGAAAGGCAUUUACAAAAAAACUGCUGUUAUUCAGGAGGAGAGAAGCAACAGCAGGAAUGAAGGCAAAGUGGAGCUACACAUUGACGGUCCCUUGGAAAUCAGGGGAAAAGUUAUUGAUGUUGAACAUGGAAUUGUGUGUGAAAAUGUUCCUAUUAUUACCCCAAAUGGAGAUGUGGUGGUUUCCAGACUAAACUUCAAAGUACAGGAAGGAAUGCAUCUUUUAAUCACUGGUCCCAAUGGCUGUGGAAAGAGCUCUCUCUUCAGAAUUUUAAGUGGUCUAUGGCCAGUAUAUGAAGGAGUUCUCUACAAACCCCCUCCUCAGCACUUGUUUUAUAUUCCACAAAGGCCCUAUAUGUCCAUUGGAACACUACGCGAUCAAGUUAUUUAUCCUGAUUCAGUAGAUGACAUGCAUGAAAAAGGAUAUCAAGACCAGGAUCUGGAAUGUAUCCUACAAAUUGUUCAUCUAUAUCACAUAGUUCAGAGAGAAGGAGGCUGGGAUGCUGUGAUGGACUGGAAAGAUGUCUUAUCAGGAGGAGAAAAGCAGAGGAUGGGCAUGGCUCGAAUGUUUUAUCAUAAACCAAAAUAUGCAUUGCUGGAUGAAUGUACAAGUGCCGUGAGCAUCGAUGUUGAAGGAAAGAUAUUCCAAGCUGCAAAGAGCGCUGGGAUAUCCUUGCUUUCUAUCACACACAGGCCUUCUCUUUGGAAGUACCACACUCACUUGUUACAGUUUGAUGGACAAGGAGGCUGGCGCUUUGAACUUUUGGACACUGCUAUCCGUUUAUCCCUCAGUGAGGAAAAACAAAGACUAGAAUCACAGCUUGCAGGAAUUCCGAAAAUGCAACAGAGACUGAAUGAACUUUGCAAAAUCUUGGGAGAAGAUUCGGUGCUAAAAACAAUGGAGAAAGAAGAAUAAGUACCUUAAUUUAUGUUCUAUGUUUUUUAAAUAUUUCUUUUUUAGUUAAAAGCUUUAUGAAUUAAGUCCCUCUUGUUUGCAUGCAUUGUGAUAGACUUGGAGCAUAAUGAAACCCAGUCAGCAAAAAAAUAAUGCUUUAUAAGAUUUUCACCUUUUAGCAUUGAGGAAGAAGCUGGUUUGAACUCUGACAAGCAAACAAACAAAUGCAUGGUGUAUAAGAUUUAUCAUCACAGCUCGUGGUAAUUCCACAUUAAAGCUCAGUUCCCUCCAGAAAGUUACCAGGACAGUUAGAUUUUUCUAGGUAAAUUCUUGUUUGGGAUCUGAUCUGCAGAAUGUGCUGUCAUAUUGAUUGCCAUGUGCAUAUGAUAUGCCUGCUGUACAAAGCAAACCUGGCAUGUGAUUCAGGCAUGGAGCAGCACAAGGGCAGGGUUAGGGUGAGUAUGCAGGUGCAUGCAAAACUCUAAUUUGGAUACAAGAAACAAUCUUUCAGUCCAUGUAAAACAAAUCAUUUUCACAGCUAUACUGUGCACAUUUCAUUAGCUGAAUUUCCAUGGGAAAUAAAAACAUGACAGACAGACCAGAAGGUAACUGUUUCUGUGAACCACUAAAUGACUCUUUAGCAAGGCCUGUGAUGCAUAUAUGCAGUACACUACAGCACACACUUUCAGAGACUUUUCUCCUCACGUGUACAUUGGUCCCUGUUAACCUGCCCAGGGAUUAUUUAUGGCCAUCAGACAGGAUGUUCUGGAGGAUGGGGCCUGGAUCCAGUCAGAGACUUGGAUUUUGUUCCUGGCUCUGUCACUGACUUGCUACCAGACCGUAAGUGAGGCACUGUCUCAGUUUCUCCUUGGUAAAAAGAGAAUAAUGACCCCUGCCAGGCUGGGUGAGCCUUGGUGAGCUGUGGAUGAAAAAGGCAAUGCAAGAAUUAAAUUUAUUUAAUUAAUUUGAGGAGGUUCUGCCCUGAUGUUGGAAUAUUCAACACUUAGAGAUUCUGUAAAAUAUUUUAAAAAGCUCUUGAUAACCACUGAUUAAUCCUCAUGGCACCUUGUUAAGGUGGGUCAACAUUGUUAUCUCCAUCUACCCAUGGAAAAACAUACUGGAUUGUAGCCACAUUUUCACAGGUGCUCACUAAUUGUGUCUGCCUCUGUCUUUUACUUUGCUAGGAGUUGGGAGUCCCCAGGACCUCUGACAGUCAGUCACAAAGUGCCUCAAAUUGAGAACACUUCUGAAAAUGUUGGCUUCAGUGCCUUGUCCAAAGCCAGAGACACAGAGUAACUUGGAAGUAGAGGUAAGAAUAGAUCUGAAGGACUCCUCACUUCCAGUCUCUCUUAGACAUAGUGCCUCUGACCUGUCAGACAGAAGAUUUGCCGUGUCCCAUUACUUUCCUGGGCAGCAAUAUAUGGAUAGAUAAGACCUGGACAGAAAGACUGUACCAUAGAAAUGUUCAGCUAUCCAUUCCAUCCCUCCAGCUUAAGAGGUCAUUUAUACUGGACAGUAUGAGGAGAUAAAACAGGAAGGCAAUGCUUUUAGAAACACAGAGAGGACUUUCUGGACCAGCUAGUCCCCUGUGUAUGCCAGCGGACUAAAAGUGUCCACAAGAACAUCUGUUCUGGCCCCUCUCAUGUCACAGACACAAAAUAGCUGGCAUCAAAACCUUACAGCAUGCCACAAAUAAAGAGCUGGGGAGACAUGAGUACUACCAAUCCUGUGGUAAAUGCAACAGUACAGAAUAUGCUAAUUUAAUAUAUACCUAAAUUAAAAGUACUAUGCCAUGUGCUACAGAGGAAAGGAAAAAAACUCAGUGGUUCUUGUCAAUCUGAUCUGAGGAAAGAAUGCUUUCCUCACCCAAAAUCUGACAGUUUGACUUUGGCUUAUAUGAGCAAGGCUUGGCCCCAGGUACCUAAAAGGCUUCUCAGUACCGUUAGCACUACCACAUGUGCCCCAGCUAAACUCCCACUUCCACUUGUGGCCAUAGGAAGAUGAAAAGGACCCAUUAUUCCCUCAAAUAAUGCAUUCCUGGGGGAAAAAACAUCUUCCUGGAUCCCUGGGGUGGCCAGCAGAAAGUGAGAGGCAUGUAAAUUUUUAAUCUCCUUUGAAUUAAUAAGCAAGGCUACGCAAAUUAAAAAUGGACCUGAAGUACUUGGAUGGUCCUUUUUUCCUUAAGAAAGAGAUUGUUAACUUUUUGGGAAUGCUUCCUGACUUUUUAGUAUAAAACGGCUCAGUUGUGUUAAGGGAAAGAAAAGGUAUCAGGCUGUUUGCUGAGCUGUACUGUCUGCAGAGUCCUCAGGAUGCAUUUUAGAUUAAAAGAGCAUGGACAGCAACCUCACAGAUGUCAUUACUAUUUAGAGAGACUUCAAAAUGGCACCUAUGUAACAAAGGUGGUAUCCUGGCCAUUAUCUUGCUUGGGGGUUUCUUCAGAAAGAGGUCGACAAUGCUUGCAGAAGCUCCACAAAGGACUCCAGAGCCAUCCCAGCUGCACCCCUUCUCUCGGUAGCUCUUUGACCUUUUGGUUGUUCCAGAGAUGCUAUUGUUUGGGGGCACCUCAGUCUACCUCCCAGUUGGAUGAUUCUCGGUCAGGAUAGGAGAUCCUUUUAAGGUGCUGCAGGGUGCUGUGAAAUAUUAGCGCUGUUAGGUAUGCAAACACCUACACAUGAUUCACAAGAUAAUCCCAGAGGCUAGGUACAGACAUUGAACAAGCCUGAGGCAGAAUCUAAGUUACCUUUUUUUUUUUGUAAGCGGUGUAGUUUAGAUCAGUAGCGAACAGAAAAUGCAUUUGCCCAGCGGGGACGGGAAAAGCUUAGACCAGGUUCUGCCUUUUUCAAACCACUCUGUGUGCACUGAAUUUCUGUUUUGUUACAUGUAUAGACUGGUUUUGUGUGCUAAACUUGUGUUCUGUUAUGGAUAUAGACCAGAUUCCAAUCACUUAUACUGAUAAAAGUAUAAUGUCUGUACCUGGCCAGAGAUUUCAAAUAGGAAUCCAUAGUGUUAGAAACACUCUGAUCUGGUGUGGUCUUUUUGAGUUCUUUGCAAUAGAAUUGCUCUGUUAUUUUUCCAUAGUCAGGAAAUAAGUGGAAGCUAAGAGCUGGCAUUUUCUUAGGGAUUUCUUGAGUUUAACAAGGUGCCUUGAGUCUAAAAAAGGUUGAGAACCACAGAUUGUAGCAGCUACUCGAUUCCACAGUAAUUUAUCUUCACAAUGCCUCUGUGCAGUAGAGAAGAACCUUUCAUCAGCAAAGUGAUUUCCCCAGGGUCCCAAAGACACCUGUGGCAAGCAGGGAAUUGAAUCUAGAACUGUCAAGUCCCAGGUUAGUGCCCUAGCCACUAGAUCAACCUCCCUCUUCCUUUGCUGAGCUUUGUGCUGCCAGAGCUGUCUGCUAGGGAGUGCACAAAAUCCUGGAAUGAGCCCAUCUUUUAUAUUGUAGUCCUAAAACCCUUUAGUUUCCUGCUUCUGAAGGAAACUACACUUGAUCUAAGCCUUCAAGAGGCCGAGAAGCUUGUGCUUUUGCAUUAGCAGUUUGCUGGUCUUAUUGUCUUCAGACAGUCUACUGGGAUGUCUCAGUGCAAGUGAAUAGAAUGCCCCAGAGAACAUCUGGAAAGGAUUGGGAAAUAAAGACCUUAACAAAAGUAGAUAGUGUCACAUACAGCAGAGGCUUCAGGGCACAGCUUUGUCUGGUAAAAAGUGCAUAUAUUUUAAUUUACAAGCAGGUUGUUUUCCCUGAAGGCCAUCUUCCCCUUUUCUCAUCUUCAAAGAAAAAUGUAGAAAUGAUGCAGAAAAAAGUAGGUCAUAAAUCUCUGCUAGGCCAAGUACCAGCUGAGAAAAUUAAGCAUUCAGAGCAUGGUUUCAUGCUUUAUCACUGCAAUUUGUGCUGGUGAGACAUAUUUGGUUCCUGAGCACUUGGUGUGUGACAAGGAAAAAGUGGAGGGACAGAGCAGUCAUCCAGCCACUGUAUUUCAGGAUACCCCUAGUGCAGGUAGAUCCCCAGUUGGCCCUGAAUUACUAGAAUUAGUCUUGUGCUUACUCCUUCCAUAGUCAUAGAAGCAGGAACUGGUGCUGUUUUCCAGCAAUUCCCUGCUUUUGGAAAGGCACUUCCCUCCUAAAGUUUCUCUGAUUUGCACUGAGAGCAAAGUUGAUACCUUCUUACCACUAGCCAUUGAAUCUGAGACACUGAACAAUCAACAUGGUGCCUAAUACCCAAAUUCCCAUUGACAGAUCCUAAUGAGAAUGUUCUGCUUUGAAAAAAUGUUACUAUGUGCUUGGAGCAAUUUGAAUCCUUGUCACAUUUCUAUCUGUCAAAUGACAACCCAUUCACAUAUGGGAAAAAUGUCUUCUGAAAAAGAAAUAUCUUAAAGAAUUAACAUCCUUUCUUGUUUUAAAAGGUUCUGUGUAAAGUAUAUAUUAAUUUCAUGCUGGAAGGAAAAAUCAGCCUAUUUUUACAAUGAAAAGUGAAUGAAAUGGGAAGUGGUUUGAUAAUGUUGCCAAAAGCCUCAUAAAGUUUGAUGUACUGGAGCCAAUAAUGUCAUAAAGUAUCAGGCAUAAAAUAUUCUAAUGCAUUAGUCUACUAUUUAAAGGCCUGUUUUAUGACAAGAAUGACAGUGCACUGAUAUGUACAGCCUUCACUCUCCUGGACCUUUGUGGGUUACAUUUCCCCCUGAAAAUGUUUCAGAAAGAUUUACUGUGCCAGUGAUUCAUCAUGUUAAAGCUGAUUUUGUGGUUUGAAAAGCUACUGCCCUGGAGAUUGUCCCUGUAAGUUUUAUGAACAGCUCCAGAUACUAACUGUAAAGGCUAGAGGGCUUGAUCCUGUUCCCUGUGGUUUCAAUGAAGGUUUUUCCAUGGCCUAAAUGGAAGCACAAAUAAGAUCAGCUGUAGCUUUUAAGAUACAGCCUUGGUAAAAUUGAGCAGAGGUGCAGAGCAUUAAGAGUUCUGGAAAGACCCUGUUACAGAGCCACUUAGGCUAAGGACAGACAGUCAAAAAGCCUGAGGCUGAAUCAAUUCAGUCUUUGCAGGUUAGCCUAAAAUGCACAGAUUGAACCAAUAAGCAAGUGAACAGAUAUUCACUUUUGAUUCUGGAAAUGCAGCCUUAUUCCUGUGGUGGCCCAGGCCAGAAGCUAGAGGGCACUAGAGCACAUAUCCCUGCUAGGCUGGAGCAGACACCUUGAACCAAGACUAGCCCACCCAGCCUGUAAAGCAUCCUGGGAUACUGUGGGACUGUGAGUUAACUUGAAUCUGUAGGGAAUCUGGGACAGAAGUUCAAUAAACCAAUUUAACCUAAAUCAGUUAAGUCUGAUCUUGCAUCCAUCCAGAUCUAUCUUAAACUGGUUUCAGCCAUUUGGAAAGCAGUUUAUAUGCACUGAAAUUCUGUUGUGUUACAGAUUUUGACCAGUUUCCAAUCACUUUUACUGUGUAAUUUCUGUCCCUCGCCUUGGGAUCAAGUGUCUGCUGUACUAUUUAAUCUCAGGGUCAGGUCAGCUGGCCAGUGCAGGGGGAAAGGAUCUUUCUUAGGUUUGUCGACUUUCUCUUUAGUGUUCCUCUACGGGCAGUGCCCUGCCAGGUUCUUUUCAUUCCUGGUGUACGAGACCCCUGCACUCAGGAUGUGUAGAAAUUCCUUGUGCCUAUUUCCCUCCUCCCUCUCCCCUCAUUGCACUCUGUUUAUAAUGUUUCAAGGAAUUAAAUAUACCGGAAUUAUUUUGCACCUGGGGGCAGAUUCUGCCAGGGACCGAGCACUUCCUUGUGAACAACCUCAAACCCUGUUGAUGUCAGUAGGGAUUUGAGACACGCAGCACUUCAUGUAAUCUUACCCCUAGAUGGGGCACAGCUUCAGAGCAAAAUUAAUAGUCUCUUCCAAGGAGAGGAAGCGCCUUAUAAAUAGAUUUAAUGUGCAGAAUGUUUACCCAGACUAAUUUAUUGAAUGUUGGGACUGUCACACACAAUGAAACAUUUUCUGCUCUCUGGAUUUUAAUACUUUUAACAAAUGUUUGUUUUAAUUGAUCUGUUUGGGGACUAAUCUCAUUCAUUUUUUAGGUUUGGAAUCUACUGCCCUAACUCGGAUCAAACUCCUGCUGAAGUCAGUGGGAGUUGUCUGAGUGAGGCACUCCAUGGGUUGUAUUAGGGGAAUUUAUUAUAAUAAAUUUCCACCUGAAGCAAGUAAAUACAUUUACAUUCUGUAAAGUUCAUUCAAUAAAUAUGAAUGACCAUAGUGCAUAUGCAAGCCAGUUUAUGAACCUGUGGCCAGAGGUUCUGACAAUACAGAAUAUAGGAUGAAAUUACUGCACUUGGCUAUUCAUAAAAUGUAAGAUGACUGAACUGCUGAAUCAAAUGUCUUUGUUCUGUUUACAUUUGGUUUAAUGCCCUUUAAGAGCAGACAUUUGAUAAAGCAAUAAGUUAUACUGCACAGUUGUAACUUAUUUCAGUCCCAAAUAAAGUAUGUUGCAUUUACUUUACGAGUUGACAGCGUUGUUUAUGAAUCAUGGAACAAACCGCCUGAGGCCUGUGUGUGUGUGCCUGAUACACUAACAGAGCCGCUGUCAGGCUGGGCCCUGCAUUCCUGUGGAAAAGGGAAAAUGUGCAUUUCCUUUCCAGCACAGUGUGGCAGAGCAGGCUAACACUACGGGCCACGGUUUGGUUUCUCACAUCUUGUGCCAGCCCACGUCAGACUGGGAUUGACCUGUAACAGGAAUGAAGUCCGUGUGUGCAGGGAGAAUUCACUGAGGUCUGAGCAGUAGACUCUCAUGUGAGCAGUGCAGACUGACUCACCAGGCACUACUUAGAUCAGCCCCAAAGCUUGUUAACAGGAACCGUUCACUGUAUGGCACCAGCGUUAAUUAGUAGUAUUGGGAGUUGGCCUUCACAAGGGCUUCAUGCAGACUACUGGCUCGACAUGUCUGCUGUCAUGGAAACCCUGAGUCCAUUCACCAAAUGGUUAUACAUUCCCAGAAGAGACAAGACGUGCAAGCUAAGCCUGCACAGGGUUAAUUCAUUUAUUGCUUUUCAGAGCAGGUGUGGAAAGCAAACUGCAUCUUGCACAGGCUUGCUUUCCACUUCUCACACUGCCUCUGGCCCCAGCUCUCCUCAGCUGGUGUCUCAUGGAAAGGGCAGUGCUGGGGGAGGAGAGGAGGUGCGGCUUGUUGGAAAUGACUUGCCUUUGCAAAUGGGUGAACAAUAGUAGCUGGUUUCAAAGAAAUGCUCUUGCUCCAGAAUGAUUCUUGGUCACAUGGGCAUGACUCCUUGGAGCAAUCAGUGCCACUCAAUACUGUAAUCAGGCCCUUUGCUCACAGGUGCCACAUUCACACACUCCUCUGUCUUAACACACAUUAGUUCCCCCUCCUUCUGGACUACUUUAGUACCUUUGAGAGGCUCUGGCAGGAGCUAGAUGGAGCCAGUCACAUUUUGCUGAGGCUCAUGCUAGGCAAUGCUGAGUAGUCACACACUGGACAAAUUGCACCUCUCUCAGCUUCCUUGGCUCUGAGUGAUUACUGAAAAACAGGUCUGUUGCUCAGCCUAGCACUUGCCACAUGCAGAAGGAGGAGGAUGUUUAAGCUACAGUGAUCCAAGGCCACUUUGUACCUGAAUGAGAGCCUCCAAAGGAAUGUUUGAUAUGCUUUCACUUCUGUUCAUUGAAUUCACCUCUUUUGCUAAUUCACUUUAACUUCACUUCCUUUGUAAACAAGCCCCAAAUAUUUUCCCCUCAUAGUCAGAUGCUCCCAUGAACUCAUAGAUGUUGACAGUGGGGGUGAGGUGCACAAAUCCACACAGCUGCCACUGCACCACCCCUGCUGCUUCUGGGCCUGGUUCCAGCUGGACUGUGGCCCCGUACCCCACUGUUUGCACAAAAAUCUGAAACCGCUCACUGUAUGGCACACAUGCCCCUCACACAACAUCUUUGCAUGAGCCUACAUAUGCUCACUGGGCAUGUCAACACAUGCGCUUCAAUGCGCUGCAAUGCAUUAGCCUAUUUUAAUGAGCACUAACUAAAGAGCACUUUUAAGCGUCACUUAAAAACCAUGUGCCUAUGCUCAUACGUUGAGGCUGCUCCAACACAAUGUAAUUCCAGCAUGUUGGAGCAGACUCGAUUCAUCGAGUCUGCUGGAGCAUGGUAAUUUCUACACUCCAGCAGACUCCAGCUUCACAUGUAUCAGUUUCCCCACCCUGACAAAUGGUGGAGGGGGCACUUCAACUAAAGUUUAUUUAAUGAGCUUUAGUUAAAGUGCCCCUGCUGCCAUUUUUCAGCACGCGGAUGCUGAUACACUUGAUGCUGUGUGCACUUUAAUUAGAGCAGCUCUCACUACUGCUCAAAUUAAAGUGGCUCCCCUCGCCUCCUGGAGCAUGUGUAUAAACGCCUAUUAAAUCCAGAGGACACUGUGAAAUGGGGAUCUAUUCUAAUGGGCAAGGAUUUUCCUUGCCUAUAGUAGUUAUUGCCAAAGACAUUUCAUAAAGCUCCAUAAAAAGCUGCGUUAUAAUACAUUUCCUCACACAUCAAAAAAUGCACUGAACUAAGGUACUAAAUCACAGGUGAUAAUGAGGAAACCAAAGCUCUGCAUUCUAAUAAAUCUGCUGUUUUCUGUUUCCACACAUUUCCCUAGGCAAUUAAGACUAAAAACUUUGUGGCUUUUAAAUGCUACAGCUGUAAUAACUGUUUCAUUACUGGAAAAAAUGUUUAUGCUGAAUAAAUGAACUACUAAUGUCAGAUGAUAUGCAAUUCUAGUAGAAAAAAUAAUUUGACUACUACAAAAAAAAUUAUAUAAAAAAUACCUGUGGUAACCUAUGUACAAACUGUGAUCUUUGAAAAUAAGCAUAUCUGUAGACAGUCCCCAGCAGUAUAUAAGAACUUUUUUGUUAUUGUACCUGUGUCUUGUUUAAUUAUCAGUAAUAUUUUAAAUGUAUUCAUAUAUUUCAUUGUAUAUUGAUUGUGUUUGGCUUAUACUUUGUUUAAUAAAAAAUGAAAUAUUUCAGUAAAAA